AGCCAUUUCGGCCCGUGGGCGCUCAGCCGCCGCCGGCCGCCUUUGGGCGCGGCUCUGCGUCCUGGCCAGUCGCAUCCACAGAGCGGCGCAGUCUGGCAGCCAUGGAGGAGGCGGACAACUGCGCGAUCUGCCUGGAGAGCCUCGUCGUCAGGGGCACGCAGCGACUCAGCUGUGGCCACUUUCUUCACGAGCUCUGUGUGUUCCGCAUGCGGCGGUACGGGGCCUCCGACCGCUGUCCGCUCUGCUGCUCUGCCUGUUCGGACCUCCUCCCGGCAAGCGACCUGCAGAAUAAGGCCGCUCUUUGCAACGCUCAGGGACAGUUCGCAGAAGAGGCGCGGCUGCUUGAGGAAUUGCUCACCAUCGAGCCUGGCAGUGGUGUUGGGCUGUCUCAGUUGGGGAACUUGUACUUCCUUGGCCGGGGCGUUGAACAGAAUCUCGGGAGGGCCAAGAAUCUCUUUGAGGAGGGGUGGCGCGAAGGGUCGCCACAGUGUGCCCUCAACUUGGGUGACAUGUAUCCAGCUGCCUGCGGCAAGUCUGGCCACCGUGGCAACCCAGCAUUCUGGGUGGCGGCUGCUCGAGAGAGCACGGGAAGCCGUCACGCGUGACAACUCGUGUCUCCAGGGUUAUGGAAGCCGUGGUGGUCUUGUGAUGCUGAUUAUUAUGAUGACGAUGCUGAUGAUGCUGAUGACAAUGGUAGUGGUGGAGUUGACGUGGCAAAGCUGUCCAUGCCAAGGCUACCACGGGCGAACGGUACCAUGAUCCCUGUCGGGGAAGUUCCUGAAGUGCUGUUUCCGUUCUCGUGCAGGUCAAGGUUUUGACAUGUCCACAUCGAGCAGGCACGAUGGCGGAUCUGCUCGGCAUGGGCGUUCCGAAGAGCGUCGAGAAGGCCCGGGAGCUCUUCGAGGAGGCCCACCGCGGUGGAGAGCCAGCGGCCGCCCUGCGGUUGGGGGAGAUGUUCCUGGGCGGCAUGGGCGUGGCGCAGAGCUUCAGGCAGGCCCGGCAGCUCUUCGAGGAGGCCUGCCGCGGUGGAGAGCCAGCGGCCGGCGUGCGGUUGGGGGAGAUGUACCUGGGCGGCAUUGGCGUUCCGAAGAGCGUCGAGAAGGCCCGGGAGCUCUUCGAGGAGGCCUACCGCGGUGGAGUGCCAGCGGCCGCCGUGCGGUGGGGGGAGAUGUACCUGCGCGGCAUGGGCGUUGCGAAGAACGUCGAGACGGCCCGGGAGUUCUUCGAGGAGGCCUACCGCGGUGGAAUGCCAGACGCCGCCCUGCGGUUGGGGGAUAUGUACCUGGGCGGCAUGGGCGUGGCGCAGAGCGUCGAGAAGGCCCGGGAGCUCUUCGAGGAGGCCAACCGCGGUGGAGAGCCAGCGGCCGCCGCGUGGUUGGGGGAGAUGUACCUGGGCGGCAUGGGCGUGGCGAAAAACGUCGAGAAGGCCUGGGAGCUCUUCGAGGAGGCCUACCGCGGUGGAGAGCCAGACGCCGCCCUGCGGUUGGGGGAUAUGUACCUGGACGGCAUGGGCGUGGCGAAAAACGUCGAGAAGGCCUGGGAGCUCUUCGAGGAGGCCUACCGCGGUGGAGUGCCAGCGGCCGCCGUGCGGUUGGGGGAGAUGUACCUGGACGGCAUGGGCGUUGCGAAGAACGUCGAGAAGGCCUUGGAGCUCUUCUUGGAGGCCUCUCGCGGUGGACAGCCAGCGGCCGCCCUGCGGUUGGGGGAGAUGUUCCUGGGCGGCAUGGGCGUGGCGCAGAGCUUCAGGCAGGCCCGGCAGCUCUUCGAGGAGGCCUGCCGCGGUGGAGAGCCAGCGGCCGGCGUGCGGUUGGGGGAGAUGUACCUGGGCGGCAUUGGCGUUCCGAAGAGCGUCGAGAAGGCCCGGGAGCUCUUCGAGGAGGCCUACCGCGGUGGAGUGCCAGCGGCCGCCGUGCGGUUGGGGGAGAUGUACCUGCGCGGCAUGGGCGUUGCGAAGAACGCCGAGAAGGCCCGGGAGCUCUUCGAGGAGACCUACCGCGGUGGACAGCCAGGGGCCGCCCUGGGGUUGGGGGAGAUGUACCUGGACGGCAUGGGCGUGGCGAAGAACGUCGAGAAGGCCCGGGAGCUCUUCGAGGAGGCCUACCGCGGUGGAGAGCCAGCGGCCGCCCUGCGGUUGGGGGAUAUGUACCUGGACGGCAUGGGCGUGCCGCAGAGCGUCGAGAAGGCCCAGGAGCUCUUCGAGGAGGCCUACCGCGGAGGGAAUGCAGAGGUGACCGAGGCCGUGUCCUCCAUUUGGUGUGCGCUGAAGACUUCGCUGGGCGAGGAGUUGUUGCCGUGCGGAGGUGCAGAUGCCAGCGCCCUGCGUCAGGGCGUCGAGUCGAACUUCGAGAAAGCGCAGGCACGUUCUCCGCGGGUGCACCGCAAUGAAAACACAGAGGCCCUCCAGGAGGCAUGCCGCAGUCCUUGCAAGCUGGCGUGCGCCGCCUGUGAAGUCAAGUGCAAAAAAAUGCAGGAGUGCACGGGAUGCCGCCGUGUGUGGUAUUGUUCGGCGCACUGCCAGCGGAGGGACUGGCGCGACCACAAGAAGCACUGCCAGCAGCAUCGAUCUGGUCCGCGUGUAGCAAAUCCGUCACCGCAAUCUGGCGCCCCGUCCGCGUCUGCGUCGGAGGAGCGCUCGUCGCUUGAUCUCCGUUUCGGGACCUCCCCUGCAUGUUUCGACUAUGAGGCUGCAGUGGUGGCGAGUUUGUGCGAGGUGGACGCUCUAGCCGGUCCCGAGAACGAGCAGGUCGCCAAGGCUAUCCUCGCAGACCGUCUUACCGCUAACGCCCCCAAGGGUCUCAUCUUGCUGGAAUUCUCCCGCAACCCGAAGCACUACCAUGAAAGGUUCACGCAGUGCGAGGAGCUCAGGAAGUACCGCGAUGGCCUGACGGAGGCGAAGCCAUUGGACGCCAAGACAUCGGAGCCCAAGUCAUACAGGAGGCCCAAGGCCAAGCACCUGCAGCCCGACCACGGACAUCAGGGUCUUCGUCCGCCCUUCGAACUACGAUGCUGCACUGGAGGCUCUUCGCAUCUUCGGGCUUACGUUGGAAGGCCGCCACGUACUUGCAGAGCCGGAGCUGGAGGAGACGGUGAUCGGUGUAGCCGAGAAGCGAGCCGAAAGGGUAAGGCUCAGUGGCCGUGCAGUUGUCCCUAUGGGCCUCGCGGGAGUAUCUCUACAGGCAGACACUAAGAUCAACGUCACGCGAACGUUCGUCCACUUGGAGAUCCCGAGCUCGCUCUGCUCUGAGUACAGCGGGCCUGUGACAGCAUCGACAACAGAUGCGCACUCCAGGUUUGCGCAGAACGUCAGAAUUCACGAGGCCCGUGAGGUGCGGCCCCCAGUAGGUGUUUGAUCACCCAUGUGGUCAUUUUCAGGCGGUGUGGUGCCCCCAGGUGCAUCCCGAAUCACAUGUGCGAAGCGGGCCUCCGUCGUCAUUUUAUGGGUACGCACGCAGAUGGCAAGAGUGCCUGAUUGCGUGCUUGUGCUCCCACGUACGGAUCCCUACUUUGUUCAGCCCGUGAUGCUUGUACAGGUAAUCGGGUGCUGCCUGCGGGCUUCCGCCGCCGCACCUUCUUGUGAUCUGCCACUCGUGCAGGGUAUCGAGGAGGUUGGGACAACCAUCAGCAGCACGCGCCCUCGCGAGCGCGCUGAUGCGCGUGCGCAUUCCUGCGAGCUCUUGCUCAAAUGUCCCCGUGUCGCCACUGCGUGUAUGCAGCGCCUCGGUGUGUGUCGCCGGCGCCCCGACGGCUCGCGAAGGGCAAGAGUGCCCAGGAUGCCCGUCGGCGCCUCCGCUGCGAGUGGACGCCCCUGGCAGCGCCGCGCAACCGGCAGACCGGGGACUGCUUGCAGGCGGACGUCACCACAGUCUGUGCUCCAUGCACAGAGGACCCCUUUCACAUGCCCUCACCUGCCUUUCCCCCCCCUCCUGCUACUCCUUCCCGCCCUCUCUCCUAUGCCCCCCCACGCAUUUCCUUUUGCCCCUGCCUCCUGCUCCUCGUCUCCGCUCUCACCGCGGUGCGAUGGCCAGUCGGAAGAGACCUGCAUUUUCCCGGCAUGGCGGGGGGAAGAGAGAGGGAG